AUGGAGUAUGACGAACCAGCGCCACGUGCCCGCGACUCGGAUUUGGACUCGAACUCGGACUCUGAUGAGGAAGGUCCCAACGAGGACCUCGUAAUUCGCGGCGCUAGCGGAACUGUUUGGCUGGUUAAAGUUCCUAGAACAGUGAUGGAGAGCUGGAUGAGGAUUGACAAAGACGGCGAGGACCUUGGCACCUUGCGAGUGUAUCACGAUCUCAAGGAGAGUCUGCGGGGGGCGGUUUUCACCCUGACGCCGACGGCAGUCCGCCCCAAAAACAUGUUUGUCAUAAGCGAGACAACUCCUAUACAAACUGAUAUGCAGCUUGAGUCAACAAUCGAUCAACAAUGGCAUAUUCAACCUGCCCUGACUCAGAAAUGGACGAGGAACAUUCAUGAACGGAAUCGUGAGGCCAAUGAACCGAGAAGGCAACUUAUCCAAAUUGACGAUGGGAACGCACAGAUCAAGAAGAUUGCGAGCGGUGCUGGCCAUUUGGGUAACUUCUCAAAUAUGGUCAAACAAAAACCAAAACCUGCUGCAGGUCAAUUCGAACGUGCGGCACGCAUUCCCAAAAACGAACUCCUCGAUAUGCUUUUCAAACUUUUCAUGGUUCAAUCGCAUUGGUCUAUGAAAGUCUUGCGUGAGCGAACCAAACAACCACUUGAUUACCUAAAGGAGACUCUAGAAGAAAUAGCUAUUUUGCACAAGUCUGGGCCACAUACGAAUACAUGGUCACUACAAGCAUCAUAUGCUCAACAGUUUGGUGCACCUCCUCCCGAAGCUAACGCUGCUACUUCGUCUAUGAAUAUGGUCGAAUCAGACGAAGAUGAGGAUGAAGACGAAGACAUGGACGAAGUCACUGGCAUAUAG